UCUGAUCUCGCUUUGUCCAUUACGUCUCCCGAUCAAAUAUUUGGAGGAGAGUAAAACUUCCGACAAAAAUCUUCAACGCUUACCAGCAGUAAAUUACAUCAAGAGAGCCUUAAUUAGAAGAACAUAGGUCAAACGAUGUCUCUAGCAUCUGCAUCACCUCACGUCGUUGCGAACAACAAAGACAAAGGUUACAAUGCUUAACCUCACUGAAAUGGCUCAAACAAAGCGGUUUGCACGCACGAAGCAUCCAUCAAAGCUCUCUCUGUUACCCUUGGAAAGUGUCUAGAAGAUGAAACAAAUGAAUCGGCUUCUGAGAAGUCACCAUUGCCUAUAUAUAUAUCCCAUCAUUUUAGUUGUGGCAGGAGGAGAUCAUAAAUCUAAUGGACGUUACGCACACUAAAUCCUCAGAUACACUCUCUGGGGAACCUCCCGUGUUAAAUCAGCUGACGUGUACGGUUCAGAUUACUUCUCUUCUUUCUCCCCACUGGGAUUAAACAAACAAAGAAAAAAAAAAGAAAGAGGAUAUUUUCUCGGGAAAAUUUUCCGAUUCAUGAGAGAAAAAUCGACAAAAACCCUUCAAUCAAAAACACACACCUGAGUUUCUAAUGGCGGAAGCUAUUCCUUCAUCGUCUUUGUCACCCAAGUCUCUCCAAUCUCCUAAUCCAAUGGAACCUUCCCCUGCAUCCUCCGCACCUCCACCUUCCUCAUCGCAACAACAACAACAACACAUGACACCUCCGAUCUCUAAUUCCGCAGCUUCUCCGGCGAUGGCGGCUGUAACGAACACCGAAGGUGCAAUCCAGAACAACAUCAGCAAUCCGCAACCGAACCCGGCCGCUGGAGCUCAGAUCCCGUCGCCUUCUCCGUUGGAUCAGCAGGCCCAGACUCAGCAACAACAACUCGGUGGUCAGACUCAGCAAAUUAUGCAGCAAAUCUCCUCCUCCUCGAUUCCGCAGCUAUCUCAGCAACAGCAGCAGCAGAUUCUUCAGCAACAGCAGCAGCAUAUGAGUCCUCAGCAGCAGAUUCCGAUGUCGAAUUACCAUAUAGCUCAGUCUCUCCAGCGAUCUCCUUCCGUCUCUCGCCUUAAUCAAAUUCAGCAGCAGCAGCAGCAGGGUCAGUACGGUAACGUUUUGAGGCAGCAGGCUGGGAUGUACGGGACGAUGAACUUUGGCGGGUCGGGUUCAGUUCAGCAGCAGAAUCAGCAGAUGGGUAACCCGAAUUUGUCGAGGGCGGGUUUGGUUGGUCAAAGUGGUCACUUGCCUAUGCUUAACGGUGCUGCUGGAGCAGCUGCUCAGAUGAAUAUUCAGUCCCAGUUAUUGGCAGCUUCGCCGAGGCAGAAACCUGGGAUGGUUCAAGGUACGCAGUUUCAUCCAGGAAGUUCUGGACAACAGUUACAGGGGAUUCAAGGAAUGGGAAUGAUGAAUUCACUUAAUUUGAGCUCGCAAAUGAGAGGUAAUCCUGCUCUCUAUGCUCAGCAGCAGCGGAUCAACCCUGCGCAGAUGAGGCAGCAAUUGUCACAGCAAAACGCUCUUACUUCCCCUCAGGUCCAGAACCUGCAGAGAACACCUUCUUCCCUCGCAUUCAUGAAUUCUCAGCUACCGGGUUUGGCCCAAAAUGGACAAGCUGGCAUGAUGGCGCAGCAGCAAUGGCUGAAGCAGAUGUCGGGAAUAACCAGUCCCAAUUCACAAUCAUUCCGGCUCCAACAGAGUCAAAGACAGCAGGCUCUACUCUUACAGCAGCAAAUGCCCUCUGCUCAGUUACACCAAAAUUCCAUGUCCUUGAAUCAGCAGCAAAUACAGAUGCUACAUCAACAGCAGCAGCAGCAACAAUCACAAAUGGGCCAGGCUCAGAUGAGCCAAUCCCAUCAACAACAGCAGAUGCAGCAACCCCAACAGCAGAUGCAGAUGCAGCAGCAGCAGCAAAUGUCAGUAAAUCAACAACAGCCAUCUCCAAGGAUGACGAGUCAUGCAGCGCAGAAAUCUGUUAGUUUAACAGGUUCGCAACCAGAUGUGACACAGUCCGGUACAACAACACCAGGUGGUAGUUCCAGCCAAGGAACAGAAGCAACAAAUCAACUGCUUGGCAAAAGAAAGAUACAGGAUCUGGUUUCGCAGGUGGAUGCGCAUGCUAAAUUGGAUCCUGAUGUUGAAGACCUCCUUCUGGAGGUAGCGGAUGACUUCAUUGAUUCGGUGACUUCCUUUGCAUGUAGUUUGGCUAAGCAUCGUAAAUCAUCCAUAUUGGAACCGAAGGAUAUAUUACUCCACCUAGAGAAAAACUUGAACUUGACAAUUCCUGGAUUCUCAAGUGAGGAUAAACACCAAACAAAAAACGCACCAACAGAUCUCCACAAGAAGCGACUUGCAAUGGUGCGUGCUUUGAUGGAAUCCUCAAAAUCGGAGACGAAUGCAAGCAAUUCUAAAGAAACUAAUAGACAAAUGAUGGUUAACCCAAAUGGUCAAAACCAUCUCUUAAGACCAUCGCCAAGUUCAGAGCAAUUGGUUUCGCAGACAUCCGGUCCUCACAUGUUACAACAUAUGACACGCUACUAAAGGACUUCAAUACAAAAGCCGAAGCUACGUUAAUCUUCUUGGUUUCAAGAGUUUACACAUCUAUCUAUACCAGACAUUAAAGAGAGUGAAGGCACAAGGAGUCAAGUUAAACUGUAUGUAUUAUAUAUAUGAGUCUUCUAGGCAAACAAAUAAAACAGUUAUUUCUUCCCAUAGUUUGAUCUAUUUAAUAGUCACAUACAUUGUAAUUGGUAAUGAUUUGCAUUGAAGUUUUUGGGAUCUAUCCUUAGUGGUAUCAUUCACAUUUUGGGAAGAGAGCAAUUCAUCAUGAUAUAUCA